GAUCUGUGAGGACUCAUAAGAGGUUUAAACCUCCUCGAGCUCAGCUCUCCGUCUGAGGAUUGUUUCUGAUCAACUCCAGAGAUUUUAUUCACACAGAAACACGGAGCGACGUCUCACUCUGAAGAUCUCCAGAGUCCUGUUGUCACAUUCCUGAAGUUUCUUCAGACCCAGGAGGCCGCAGAGAUUAUUCUUCACCCCCUCAUCUCCUUUUCUUUAUCUGAGAGCUUGUGUGUGCAGAGAAGAGCCCAUGUUUGCCUGGAAAUGGCUUCUCUGUGCCUGAGAGAGAGACGCAGGGAGCUGAGCUGAGGUCAAGGCCUUCUCCUCUCCCCCUGGGUCACGUGACUGUGAGACUAUCGCUGCUCUGAGCGACCUGAAUACUUGUGCACUUAUUUGGAGGAUAAAAACAGACGGGAUCAGACUUCCUGAAGAGCUUCUUUUCUCCUGCUGACACACAAACCUGCAGCCCGAGGAGCUGAGGAAAACUCCACCAAUUCGCCUCGCAGUGACCUGUUACAGACAAAAUGCCGGCAAAGACUCCGAUGUACCUGAAAACUACAACUCCCAAGAAGGGGAAAAAGCUGAAGCUGCGUGACGUUCUCUCAGGUGACAUGAUCAGCCCCCCACUAGGCGACGUACGCCACAGUGCCCAUGUGGGGCCCGAGGGUGAGAGAGACAUGUUUGGAGAUGUUGGUUUCCUGCAGGGGAAGAUGAACAUGCUGCCAGCUCUGAACCGCAACGGACAUACCCGCUCGCAUAGCGUGGAGAGACACCACGACGACAGCCUCCCCUCCAAAGAGGACCCCCACAGCUACGCCUACAAUGGCUACCACUACCAGCACACCUCCGACGGCCUGCUAAAGACCACCAUCUCCAUGCCGGUGUUCAUCGCCCAUGAGCAGGCUCCUCCUAAACCUCCCCGCCUCCACCUGGACGACCCCUCCCCUACAUCUCUGCCCUCCAACAAAACCCAUUUCGAACCUCACCCUCAGAGAGACACGAGCCACCGACAGAUGAACGGCCACACAGACGAGCAGCACCCCACCCUGGCGCUCUUCCAGAACGGUGUGGUGGGUCGUUUGGCGUCGGAGCCCUGCAAAGACAUCUCCAUCUCCCCCAACCUCCGCAGGCUCGUCCCCUCCUCCAGCUCCUUCUCUGAGGCCUCCUCUGAGGACUCCAUGUCAGAAACCUGCGGGCCCCUGGACGUCCACCGGGGUCUCAGCCUGGACUCUGAUGCUGGUCUGAGCAACGAGGAUCUGAGGAGUGAACGCAGCGAGUCGCCCUGCACCAUCCACCACUCGGCUGGUCUCAUGGCUCCCUCUGCCGUGACCCGCUCUGACUCUAUGGCGGGCUUGAACCUGGACUUGGGCCCAUCCAUCCUGGAGGACGUCCUGAGUAUCAUGGACCGCUACAAGGCCGACGAUUACCGCUAUGAACUGUGAAGAAGGGAGAGACUAACAAGAUGUGCUGAUAUUUUUAUGCAUGAUUUAGCUAGGACACUACAGCAGUGGUUCUCAACUGGUGGGUCAAGACCCAAAAGUGGGUCACAGAGAUGUUUUCAGUAGGUCAAGAAAAAAUAUGUCAGAAAGUCUAGAAUGUGUGUAAGCUGUGAGCAGGCAUACAUCCAUUUAAGUCAUUCUACUCUGUUUUUUAUGAUAACGAGUAAAUUUAGGAGGUUUUCUUGAGAUCUGGGCUUAUUUAUCACAUCUUGGGAUAGCAAAGCUCAUUUUGUCAUGAUAAUCGGUUCACUUCUCUGUAAAACACUAACAAUUAUCAUGGGAAAUGGUGUAUAGUAAACAUUUGCAGGGACAUGUGCUUCUUAAACAUGUUUGUUUUGUCCUGUCUCUAAGUUUAGUUUAGUUUUUGUUCCAUCUAAGGAACAUUUCAGUUGAGAACCACUGCUCCAAGGGACGGUAAGAGGAGCAGCUGAGGUGAAAGGACACUCAAAGUUUCGAGACUAAGGGAUACCGAUCUUCAGCGCUGGGACGUUGCUGCCGGACAUGACGACAGAAAAGGCUCCAGGCCGGUCCUGACGAGUCUCAUCAGAGCUGAACUCAGACUCACGAACGUUUACUCUGUUAGAGAAAAACAGAAAAACUCACUGACUUCUAUCAGCAGCAGCUGCUACUACACUAUUUCUUUAUCUGACGCCUGCUGACUGUUUCUGCUUGUUAAUAAUUUCUAAUGGGAUGAAAACGUCUAACUGUGGACUAACUGGGGAAAAAGCAGCAGCUGUGAACAAACUUCAAGAGCAGCCAAACCUCACUUCUAACAGCAGCUACUAAUAAAUAACCGCUCCUAACUCUGAUAGGGCUGGGCGAUAUGGACCAAUUGUCAUAUCUGGAUAUUAGUUAUCAUAAUAGUGAUAAAUGUCAGAAUUAUAAACCUUAAUAUUAUUCUGGGAAAAUGAAACCACAUUGAUGCCUGUCUGAUACCACAGCAACAAAAAAGGAGUCCUAGACUCACAAUAUUGGGUCAUUUUUCAUAUUUAUUAAUCAAAUAUUGCACACAAACUCCUGCAUACCGUCUAAAUCAGGGGUUCUCGCCCUUUUCAGCCCAUGAUCCCCUAAAUAAAGGUGCCGGAGACCGGGACCCCCACUGUACUUGAAGGUGGUUGAACAGCCAUGCACAAUGGAAAAUAGUCAUGUGCAGACAAGGCUGCCCAUAAGGGGGGAUAAAGGGGAGAGCUUUCUGAGAUCUAGCCAAAAUCAUGGUCCAUUAUUAAGGUAAACUGUGAUAUCCAUGUUUUACAUUUAACCCGAAUAACUGCUCUCAUCAAAGAGACACAAGUUUGUUUGUUUUAUUUUUUUGGGCCAUAGUAUAUAGCCAUCCUGAAAAUGUAAAUCACUUUUAUAAAAAACAGAAUUAAAAUGGGUUAAAAAUGUCAAAAAAAGUUGGUGGAAUAGAUAGUGAAAUGGAGUGUAAAAGUAGCAGCAAUGGGUUAGUAGUGUUAAAAAUUAGAAAAAGGUGGUGAAAAAUGGCAAAACAGAGUUAAAUUGGCAAAAAUGGGCACAAAAAGUGGUUAAAGGAGAUUAAGAAGUGGCAGAAAUAGGUAAAAAGUAGCAAAAAUGUGUGGAAAAUUUGGUGAAAUGGGAUUUAAAAAUGAGAAAAAGUGUUUUAAACUUGCAAAAAUGGGCAUUACAAAUCGUGCAAUGUAGUUAAAAUGGGCACAAUGGGCGAAAAAACUGGUAAAAAAAAAAUUGGUGGUGGCAAUAAUGUGUCAGCAGAGGCAAGAAUAAGUAGAAAGUGGCCAGAAUUGGCAAAAAAAAGGCAAAAAUAUGGUGGGAAGGGUUUAAAAUGGAUAAAAAUGGGUUAAGAGUUGCAAAUAUGUGUUAAUUGGUGGGAGAAGUGAUGAAAAUGGGUUCAAAUUUGGCAAAAUUGGUGUAAAGUGGCAAAACUGGGUGAAAAAGAGGCAAAAAUGGAUCCAAAUUGUGCAGAAAUUGAUGAAGAGUAGAUACUAGUAACAAAAUUGGGCAGGAAAAAAUCAUUAAAUACAACAAAUAUGUUGGCAACAUGUGGCAAAGAGGGUUGAACUGGUAAGAAAUGAGGGAAACACCCUCUCCUCACCAACUUUUUAUACAGAAACUUGGUCGACAUGCAGGAGUUUUCCUGCACUUUUCAAUAAUUUAGAUCAUAAAAUACCCGGUACUGGAUUGCUGUAGUAUCAGACACUUGAAAAUCCAUUAUAAACAAAUUCCCUUUCAGACUAAACAUUUCAAAUACAUUGUUUUAUUGUCUAGGGGGCCAUUAGCAUAUUACUGUUAAUAGUUCUGAUUGUAAAAUAUCUUUUCACUGAGCUUUAGGUCUGUUUUAAUCAAGCUGUACAUAUAGUAAGGAAAUAUAAAUGACAUCUUAUGAUUUGUCUAUCGCCCAGCCCUGCUUUAUACGUUUUUGUAUGCAGAGAUAAAACUCUUAGUCACACUAAACCGAUCUAAAACAUGACUAGCUUCAUGCUGAAGGCCAUAUUUGAUUUCAUCUUCACUCGUCUGCUGUUGUGCUUCAAAAUGUGAAGAGCGUCUGAUUUUAACGUCCUGUAAUAAAGAUUUAAGCUACCAUGAGCUAAACCUGCAGCUUUCUGUCUUUUGAUCAAAGGGAAAAAGAAAAAGCUUUUUUUUUUAUCAUAGUUAAAGUAUUAUGAAAGUCUGAGACUGUGCUGCUUUGUGGAUAAUUUUACUGGUCAUUAAAACACUCCUCUUUAAUGUUGUUGUUCACCCUCAGCCUCCCUAAUGUUCACUGUCUGCAGUAUCACCAUAGCCUAUUAUUCAAAUGUCAUUUACGCUGCUUAUAUAUAAUCUAUAAAUCUAUAUAUCACUGUAAAUGUACGAAUAAAACAUUCCUACAAAAUG